UGCACAUGACCUUUGCAUCACGCCCUGGGGGUUCGGUUUAGGUUUACUCCGCAGACUCGAUGGCCAGUAAAGUUUUAUGGGCUGCGGUGGCGAUUUAUAUCGUGUACAGAGCAUCGUGGUUCUUCCUUCGUCGAAGUUACAUCAAGUCGAAGAUGAUCCUCAGUGACAUCGAAUUGCUGGCCAAUUCUUACCCGCCCCCAAUUGGGACAAUAUCAGGUACGGCAGUUGUGGCUGGGGGAAGCUUAUCGGGCUACAUUUCUGCCAGGGUUCUGGCCAAUUACUUCGAAGCCGUUGUUAUAAUUGAGCCUGAAAUUGCCAUCAGCCUCCGAGGAAGAGUUUCACAACGUGCCCAUUUCCACUCCAUCGGCCCAAUCUGCCUGCCCAUACUUCGCGAACUGUUCUCAAACUUCGACAAAGAAGCUCCCAAAGACGACGUUUACAUACUUUCCGGAUUUAGGAGGUGGUGGGCAGGACCGUCGUACUUUGGUGACCUUGACGUUCACAGGCCGGACCAAAUCUCAGCCUCACGACUCUCCCUUGAAUCUCUCUGCAGACGUUUGGCCAUCGCAUACUGCGGUGAGAAGCUUCAAGUUAUCCAAGGGACCGUAACUAGCGUUGAGAGCUCGACCGAUAAUGCCACAAUUUCUUCGGUUUCUUACCGCCCAGCCUCAGUGACAUCAACAACUACGAUCCCAUGCGCACUCUUCGUGGAUUGUUCCGGUUCUGCAUCUAUAGGGAGCAAAUUAUUACCCCUGGCUUCGAAAAAAUGGGGUCCAUAUGAACGUAUUUCAUAUAAUCCGAACGUCAGGUACUAUAGUACUUCCAUAAAACUAUUGCCAGAAACCCAAAGGAAAGUGGCAAGGAUGCUUCCUAAGAAUCAUGUUGACUUUGGAAGAUGGGAUACUUGUGGAGUCUUGGGUGCCUUCACACCAACGUCAGCGACUGGCCGAAGUCUUUGGGGAUACUCGAGAAUCAACGGAGAUGAAUUGCUCAUUGGGUAUUCUGGAUGGGGAAUCGACACAUGCCCCGAGACGUUUGCAGAAUACAUCGAAUUGACUCGACAAUUAUAUUCCAAUGUAUUCUCCAAAGAUGAAUACAUCAGGGACGAAUGGUUCUUUAGGAUCAUCCAGGUGGCUUCCGAGGACGCUAACAUACUCGAUGAGCCGAUCAAGUGGGACAACUUCAAUCUGGUAAAGUCAGGAAGGACUUGGAACUUAACUGACGUUGACCUGGACGCACAGAACAGUUGUUUUUGGAACGAUUAUGCUUCGAAGCCAGUUCCAAAUAAUUUUAUCGCCGUUGGCGAUGCGCUGAUGUGCGUAAAUCCGGUUUUCGGACAAGGUGUCAUCAAAGUCCUGACUAACAGUGUCAUCCUCAACACAAUCCUGCACAAUGCGCUCAAACCACCAAUGACGAAGCCUCAAUUGCCAUCUCACCUUUCCCAAUCCUACUUCAAGCGUGCUCUUACGAUAGACAGGCGCAUGUUCGAUACCAACCGUAUGUUGGACUACGGAUACGAUACUACUAUUCCUCAAGCGGGGGAGACGUUAGAGUUCGGGGCGGGAUUCCGGAAUCACUGGAUGACCCUUAUGAACUUUCUGCCUCAUGAUGGAAAAUCGUUCGAAACUUUUCGAGCUGUUCUUGGCGGGUAUCGACCCGGCCUAGACUUGAUGACCCCCUCACUUCUUCUGAAAGCGUAUUUCUGGAUGUGGUGGUCGCCUCCAAAGUUGGCACAGGGAUGACCAUCUGUCAGAUGGAAGGAGUACUAAGCAACAUCCAAAUGUAUUCACUAUUCGGAGCUCCUUCCCCGCUUCAGGGUUUGGAUUGGCCCUACUACAUUUUUCACCUACUACUCGUGACCCAAUCAAUAUAAAAUGGUAUCAAGGGUGCCCACACCCUACCUACCUUCUUAGAUAGCAAUCAAC